GCUUGGUGUGAUUUCGGGAAUAAAGACUGGUCACACUAUUGGAUGAGAAAAUGGCGUAAGGAAGAGGAUUUGUGUAAAAAAUAAUAAACCAAGGAGCCUAGGAAAAUACAUAGUUCAAGUUGUUUUUAAUCUGCGAUAAGAAAUGUAUCCCGGCGGGAACGCGAAUGCCGAUUUAGGCUACAACAAGCAUGCUCAUGCCCACGGACUUGGUCACGGCCUCGGCCAAAAUCAGUUCCUGACGCAGCCUCCGCCGCCACCCCCACACUUCGCGUUACCAACUGGCGGGCAACUGAACCCACUGGUGGCCCCCAACCUCCCGCUAGCCAUGCAGGGGGGCGCUGGUAUAGACUGGGCGCAGCUCGCGCAGCAAUGGAUUCACAUGCGGGACGCUGGUGCCGUGAUGCCACCCGUAGCUCCACCGCCGCCUAUUAUCGGCAAUGUUCCAGAGUUCCACCAUCCGGCAAUAGCGUUGCCGUUACCCAUCAUUGUUCAGGCACCCCAUCCGCACUUGGAGGAGCACGGUGAGGCGGACAUGGACAUGGACGAAGAGCCCGAACGGGGUAACGGUGCAGAAACGCCACCCCCUCCGGCACCCGUGGUUACGCAAUCCCAAUGGCUGGCAGCCAGUGAAGCGUCUGCAUCAGACCCAGCUGUCCUCCCCACCAAUUUAGGCCCCUCCGGCGUUGCUGCCACGCAUGGAAAGCAGCCGUGGAACAACUGGCAGCCCGGAAAACUCGCAAAUCCUACGGCGCACAUCCCCUCGUUGCUGAAACUGAACGUCAGCAAUCCCAAUGAGCCGCAGCAACAGCUGCAGAUGAAGAUGCAACUACAGCCGCCGCAGCACCAGCAGCAACAACAGCCACAGAACCACCAGCAAGAUUGUGAUGCCAGCGGCAGCGUCAGCAAUGAGAUUGAUGCCAACAAACGGAAAAUGUUGCCAGCUUGGAUAAGGGAGGGCCUGGAGAAAAUGGAGCGCGAAAAACAGCGGCAGCUGGAGCGCCAGCAGCUCUCCACGGCCACGUCCGCGACAGAAGAUGUCGAUGGCAUCGAUGUUACGCAAGUAUCAAGCAAAACACUAACUACACCUGUUAAUCUUUUGAACAUCGCAAAUGUGGCUAGCGACAGCGAAGAUUCCGUCGGAAUGCCAGGGGACACACUUGGAAACUCGAGGGAGGAGCAAAUAGGUAAUGAGAUUAUGAGUAAGGCCAGAAAUAGCGGGAGCAGCGAUGAUGAUGAGGAGGCGGAUAAUAGCGAGCCGGAACAACAGGAGACUGGAUUGGGUCCUGCUGAGGCCAGGGAGGCACCUGUGAAUGGUAAAAACUACGAAGAAAGACUGGCAGAUCUGAUGCUUGCUGUGCGUCGCACACUAACCGAAAUCCUACUGGAAACGACGAACGAAGAAAUAGCUGCCAUUGCUGGCGAGACUCUGAAAGCGCACCGCGCUAAAGCGUCAUCAGCCCAAGUGAUUCGCAAAAGCGCCUUGUCUUCCAUUACCGGCAACCUGGGGCUAGCGGCCUAUGCCAGCGAUUCUUCCAGCGAAAGCGAAGAGGACGAGGACCCUGCCGACGGAGAUCGUCAAGCGGACGCAGUCAAGGAUGCUGAUAAGAGUGUACACUUGAGCGCGGAAGACUUGAAGGCUCGCAUACGGCGCAGCAAAAGAUCCUUCGAGAGGGUUAUAGACGACAUUGAGAAUCGAAUGGCCAAGCAGAAGGAGCGCGACGAAAAGACGCUCCAAAGGCAUCGCAGGCGGGAGCUAGCUGAAUCUGCUAGCGAACGGCGCAGCCCGGUGGCCAGUGAGGAAUUCUCUGAAGACCAAACUGGCUAUUCCGCCCAUGACAAGCUGCAGCAGUUUAAUGCGGGAAAACGACUCAGCCGCAAGGAGCGCACCACGCGCUUCAGCGACAACAAGGAUGGCAAAAACCAGUCCCAUAGCUACGUCCAUCAGGUGGUAGCUGCCGCUGCAGUGUCCCCGCUAAGCCGCGUCGUCUCUGGCGCUGUGCCGCAGAAGCUGAAGCCAGUUCCCAAUCCGGCGACCAACUUGUUGCAGAUGCCAGAUUCGGUAACAACCAUGCUUAGUGCGGCGGACAAGGCGCUGCAUAAUGCCAACAAGUCGUCGUCGAGCAAGGUCAAGAGCAGCCGCCGCCGUUCGUCCAGCUCGUCAUCCUCAAGUAGCAGUAGUGACAGCAGCUCGAGCGGCAGCGAUAGCAGUUCAAGCGAUUCAAAGACCUCCAGCAGUCGAAGCAAGCGCAGUAGUAAGCACGGACGCUCAGAUCGGGGCAGCAGUAGCCGAAGCAAGUAUGAUCGGCGUGACCGGGACAGGAAAAAGGAGCAGGAACGAGACAGGGACCGAGAUCGACGCCAGAACCACCACUACAGCGGUGGAAGCAGCAGCAGCAGCCACCGAAAGAGCGACAGACGGUAUCGAGAGUCGAGCCGAUCUGCUGAAGACGAUAGAGGAAGCAGUAGCCAGCACCGGUCUUCGAGGCACAGUAGCAGCCGGAGUCACGACCACGGCAGCAACAGCAGCAGCAGACGGCGAAGUUACCGGACGAGAUCCCGCUCCAAGUCGCGCAGCAGCCACCACUCCCAUUCGAACUCCAAAUCGCACUCCUCUUCUUCCGCGUCUCAUUCACGCAAACGCCACUAGACUUUGAUUAUAGAUACUUGUUAAAUUGUACAUUUUUCUAUUUUUCUUCUGUUUUAAAUGCUUUUAGUAAACUAUUUUAAUCACGCUUAAAA